CUUAACUUAGUCUGCAGACACACUGCAAACAUGUGAGUGUGAAACACUGAGAGGACAAAGAGGAAGACCAGCGGGUGCUCAACAUGGCUCAUGAGUUAAUCAGUGAAGAAGGGGCCACAUUGGUUCCCAAAAAAGCUUCUGGAGAGCCAAUAAGUUCAAUGACGUCUGCGUCUUUUAAUUUCAUCAAUUCCAUAAUAGGAUCUGGAGUAAUAGGCUUACCAUACGCAUUGAACCAGGCGGGACUCUCCUUUGGCCUUCUGCUGUUGCUAGUAGUUGGAUUUAUUACAGACUACUCCAUCAUCUUACUGAUUAAAGGAGGCAACCUGACCGGGACAAGCAGUUAUCAGUCACUGGUGCAGAGCACAUUUGGUUUCCCUGGCUUUCUGAUUUUAUCUGUGCUGCAGUUUCUUUAUCCUUUCAUUGCUAUGAUUAGCUACAACAUCACAAUCGGUGACACGCUGACCAAAGUAUUUCAGAGAAUACCAGGAGUGGGUCCAGAUCACAUACUUGCCGAGCGUCACUUUGUGAUCUUGUUAUCAACCCUUCUGUUCACACUGCCUCUUUCACUUUAUCGAAACAUAGAGAAACUCGGGAAGGUGUCCUUCUUGUCAAUGGUGCUGACAUUUACCAUCCUCAUCAUUGUAAUCAUCAGAGCAGCUACCCUUGGACCCCAAAUCCCCCCUACAGAGAACGCAUGGGUAUUUGCAAAGUGGAAUGCAAUUCAAGCCGUUGGUGUGAUGUCUUUUGCUUUCAUAUGCCACCACAACAGCUUUCUCAUCUACGGUUCUCUGGAGCAGCCGACGCUGGCUAACUGGACUCGGAUCACCCACGUGUCCGUGGGCUCCGCGUUAGUCGUCAGCGCCGCGUUCGCCGUUGCCGGCUACACCACCUUCACCGGAUACACACAAGGAGACAUAUUUGAGAACUACUGCAGAAAUGAUAACCUGGCAACAUUUGGUCGCUUCUGUUUUGGCCUCAGCAUUAUGACCACAUUUCCACUGGAGUGUUUCGUUACACGGGAGGUGUUAUCCAAGGUCUUCUGCAGUCGGGAUCUUUCAAAUUUGGAACAUGUGGCAAUAACAUUUCUCAUAGUUGCCGUUUGCGCAUCGAUAUCUUUGGCCUAUGACUGCCUGGGCGUCGUUUUGGAGCUCAAUGGCGUUCUGAGCGCCACACCUCUGAUCUUCAUCAUUCCAUCCGCGUGCUUCCUCAAAGUCUCACCCGGACGCUGGUUCCACAGUGAGAACUUGAUGCCCACCAUGUUGAUGUUGGUUGGCUUGUUUGUGAUGAUUACCGGUUUGAUCAUGACAAGCCUCUACCCGCAGGACUGCUCACACGGCCUGGAGAUGUUCUACUGCGCAGAGGCCAAUGUCACUGACACUGUGCCGCCAGCGUGAAACUCAACGGAUAUUUCAUCCUCUUCCACUUUUUAACACUUUAGAGGCAAAAUUUGGACAUUUUCUUUUGGCUCUAGGGCGCUUUUUUUUAAAUGUGGUUUCCAACUAGCGGAAGUCUAAAGAUGAACAUACAAUGUUCACUUUUAUAUUUUCUGUUUCUACUUGAUCAGGAUCACUCAGGCUCAAGAAUAACAGUUUUUUCCACGUACACCGUCCAUCUGAAUUUCCCUGUAUUAGACCUCGGUCGUAAACGCUGCAUUCUAGCGGCGGAUGCUUCAAGAUGUGACCUGAGGCAUACCUGACAUGUGACAAAGGAAGGGGCGCUAAAUCAGAAUUACUUGGUAGAUAACGUGUUUUCUUUUCCAGGCAGCCCACAAAAAACGGACUGUGUUGUCUUAUUUCACAGUUUGAGUGUGCCCUCCAGUUCAAUGUUAACACAAUGACAGUCUAGAAAAACAUCUAUUUUAUAAUUUUUGAGAAGCAAACGUGAUAUGUAACUCAAACCAGGUCAUCCCGACCAACCCAAAAGCCAGGCUUCACUAAUGAUCUGGUGCUAUUAUAUUAUUGACCGCACUAUUUACCUUCUACACCCCUUCCUAUAUACCAUAUGACUGUAAUGUUGAUGUUUCUAUUACGUUUUAUUAAGAAAUUACACGUGAAUGUGUUAAUGAAUUGUCUGACUUGAUAUUCAUAAUCCGGAACGACGUGUAUGACACUGUGAACGGGAAACGGUUGUUUCGAUAUUCAACCACACGAUGUCGCUGUAGACAAUCUACCAUGUUUAUUAAAAGGAAGUGCAA